AUGGAGACGACGGCUCUUUUGGUCUGCGUUCAGGUGCCAGAAAUCCUGAGCAUCAUUUACAUCCGGAUGCCGACCAUGCAGCAGGACACCCUCCGACACUUCCUCCUGGAGGCCGUGUCCCUGCUCGCCCUCUACCACCCCGGGGCCGUCAUCGACAGCCUGCUGCAGAAGCAGCUGCCCAUGGACAGGUACGUGCACUGCCCCGGCCCCACGGACGGGCAGGAGCCACCACCAGCCCCGUGGAGGCCAGGAGAGCGUUUGGCGCUGCCGAGGGCGUCGCAGGUGCCAGAGCCCGGGGGCUCACGGGGGAACUUCUGCUCCCUUGCAGUGACACUGAGGAGCUGUGGAGGGUCCUGGGGGGGGAAAUUCUUUGUGGACCACUUCCUGCGGGUUCUGAUGGAAAAACUGAAGAACUUGGGAAGCGACCAGCCCAGGACCAGCUCUGCCAAGCCUGAGGCAGACGAGGAGGAGGCUGCGCUGGAGCCUCUCAAGAUGACCCGGGCCAUCUCUGUGGUGGUGUCAGCGCUGCGGAGCCCGGAGGCUGUGCAGCACCUGCUCCCGGAGCUGCUGCCGGUGCUGCUGAAGCAGAUCAGCGCCACAGUGGGCAAGGAGAUGCCGUCUUCCCCACUCAGCACCCGGGGAAAGCUGUUCCUGAAGGGCCACGCGAGCGACGACAAUCCUUGCAGGCUUUCCCUGGAGACCCUGGAGGCGGUGCUGCGCACGUGCCUCGAUGGGAAAUGGCUGUGGCUGCUGCGGAAGCAGGGCGCCUGGGCUGCCCUGGAAGACCCCCGGGCUCACCACGACGGCGUCUGCCUGCUGACCGGGGUGCUGCUCCGCGCCGGGACCAUCUCGCUGCCCCUGGUGCUGGUGCUGACCCGGUGGCUGGACGCCCCCUCGGCCAACCUGCGGGUCACGGCCGCGGCUUUCUUUGCGGAGCUGAUGAAGGAGCCGGCGCUGCAGGAGUGGAGGUGCCUCCAGCCCAUCGCGAGGGCCUUGCUGGAGAAGCUGCGGGACUCGAGCAGCACCGUGCGGCAGAUGGCAGCGCGCGGCCUGGGCAACCUGGUCAGCGGAGCGCCGGAGAAGCUGCGAAAGCACAAGGGAGCCGUGCUGGAGGCGCUGCGGAGGGGCCUGGAGGACGUGGCCGCGGCGGAGGUGGUGGCAGAGAGCCUGCUGGCGCUGGCGAAGGUGGUGACGGAGCUGAAGGGGAAGGCUGUGGGCUCCACCUUCAGAGACAUCGCCAGGGCCACAAAGGGGUUCUUCGAUGCUGAGCAGGCGUCGCUGCGCUCGGCGGCCUUCACCCUGUACGGGGUGCUGGCCGCCUCUGCCACGAGGAGGUGGAGGUCUUUCUUCACGGAGGAGCUGGGCAGCACGUGGGCCAGCCUCGUCCUGCACCUCCGGGACCCCGACCCGGGAGCCUCCAUGGCGUGCCAGGGCGCCCUGCGGCUGUGCGCCCCGUUUUUGGGGCUGCGGAGGGUGCGGCAGGGCCUCGCCGUCAACACCCGGCUGAGCGCGGCUGAGCUGCUGGGCGACGUCUGCAGCCAGCUGGUGAGGAGCUGCGCGCCCGGGCGUGAUGGGGCUGCGGGGCCCUCGCCGGCCCCGGGAGAGGGAGGAAGCGGGUGA